GGACUGACAAGCAUUGCUAUUUUAUUAAGUUACACAUUGCAAAUUGAAGAGUUACCGCCACAAUGUCGAUCGGAAAGUACAUUCCCGCUAUAAUCGUGGUGGGCAUUGGUUUGACCUUCUACAGACUUCUGGGAUUGGGUGAUUAUUUCGUCGAACUCAUCAAGGCCAAAGAGUUACAGAAGGAAUAUGAUUAUAUCAUAGUUGGUGGGGGAACAGCGGGGGCGGUACUUGCAGCUCGCCUGGCAGACAACAAGGACUUCAACAUUUUAUUGGUGGAAGCGGGCAGCAACCCCUCCUCCAACCCUCUCGUCGACAUACCUCUCAUGGCGGACAGCAUUAGAACGCCUCAGUUGGACUGGCACCACAAAACUGUUCCUCAGAAGUUUGCUUGCAAAGGGCAUGUGGAUCAGAGCGCCAUUAUCCAUUCUGGAAAGGGCCUUGGCGGGACGAGCAACAUAAACUACAUGCAGUACCUGAGAGGAAGCAGGUAUGAUUACGACGGCUGGGCGUUGAACGGGGCUGCUGGUUGGGCCUACAAAGAUGUUCUGCCCUACUUCAUCAAGUCAGAAGAUCAACAGAAUGGAGAGUUUGUCAGGACGGUGUUCCACGGGUUUGGAGGUCGACUGGCAGUGAAGGACGUUGGACCGACCACCAUGAACCAGAUCAUGGGACUCUGUUUCAAAGAAAUCUCGCUGAAGAAGAGAGACUUGAACGGGAAAAAUCAGUUCGGUUGGGGUCCGACGCAAGCCACAAUAAGGAAUGGAGUGAGGUGGAGCACGUUCAAAGCCUACUUGAAACGUUACAUGAACGCGCCAAACCUGCAUGUUGUUACUGACACUUUUGCUGAGAAGAUUUUGUUUGAGGGUAAACGAGCGGACAGUAUCGUCCUGAAACACGAAAAAAAGACGGAAGUUGUGAAAGCUAAAAAAGAAAUUAUCCUAACAGCCGGAACCGUGGGUACGACUAAACUCCUCCUCUUGUCUGGGGUCGGUCCCAAGACUCACCUUCAAAAACUCAAGAUUCCAGUUGUGGCAGAUCUGCCAGUGGGAGAGAACCUUCAGGAUCAGGUGGUUGGAGAUGGCAUCGAGUACUACACCCCCUACCCCGGCGUCAGCAUCACCAUCAACAUGGCCGACAGUCUGCUCUCAUCUUGGGCCUACUCGCUCUUCGGCACUGAGGUCACUACUUCUCUCGCAGGUAUGAAAUCAAGUCCAAGAUUCAGAGAGGCCACCGCCUACAUCCGCCUCCGCCACCAGCCUCCGAACAUCAAGUACCCCCUGUUGGCACUCCACAUCGCUGCCAACCCCCAAGCUUAUGAAGCCACCUCAAAACUCCACACUGCUCAUGAUCUUUUUCAGACCUGGGCAGAGAUCCACGGCAAACCACUUUCCCGCGAAGGAUUCACCAUCUUUCCAGUUUUGCUGCACCCAAGAAGUAGAGGGACCAUUCGUCUGAACACUACCAAUCCCGAAGAUCCACCUCUCAUUGACCCCAACUAUCUGUCAGAAGAAAUUGAUAUUAAAAUUUUGACUGAAGGGUUUCAGUUUGCCCGUCGUCUCCUGCACACUCAAGUCAUGAAGGACUGGGAGUUCAAACUGACCAACAGACUGCUUCCUGAAUGCCAGAAGUAUGGAAAUUAUACAAACGCCUACGUGGAAUGUCACCUUCGUCACAUCACUAUUCCCGGGGGCAACCUUGUGGGGACGUGCAAGAUGGGAGCUCUCAAUGACCCCAGAGCCGUGGUCGACCCCAUUUUGAGAGUUCGAGGAUUGAAAGGAUUAAGAGUGGCUGACGCCUCCAUCAUACCGACCUCCAUGAGCGCUGACACCUACGCCACACAAGUCAUGAUCGCCGAGAAGGCUGCUGAUUUCAUCCUCGAGAAAGAUACGGUUAGAUCAAUAAAGGAAUACUUCAAACAUCUGAUCGAGUCCCGCCACAAAAAAAUAAUGGACGACGAAGAGGCUGAAGAAGCUCACACUGCUAAGAAGUCGUAACAGACCGACUUCGAGAAAAAUUUUCAAAUAAAAUCAAAUUAAUAAAAUAUUAUGAUGUUUAUUUCGAUGUGUAUGUACAUCAUCAAAUUUCUACAAUGAAAUUUAAAGUGAUACGCAUUCAAUUUCUAAAUUUUCGCUGAUAAAUAUCUCAUUCUCUUAAAAUUAGGAGUCUUAAAGUCUCAAUGGUUUAGUUUAUCCGGUAGUUUUUAUUUACUAAUUUUAAAUUAAAAUCGAGGAUUUAAGUUAAAUUUAUUUAAAGUUCGAUAGUUUUUUUUAGUUUAAUAUUCUUUAUAAUCUAGUUUUAUAAAUUUCUCUUCAAAUUGGACAGAUAUCUUUUUUCAAAUUUUCAUCCUGCAUUCAUUCAUUCAUUGUAUGUAGCACUGUUGUCGGAUUUUUCGAAUUAAAUUCUCCCCAUAAAAAAAAAUCAUAACAAUUAGCAUCAUAAUAAUGAUAUGGUUUGUUAGUUCAAUUUUCAUAUAUUUAGUCAAAAUUUUUAAAUCAAUUCCUCUGUCUAGAAUUCGGAAAUAUUGUAGCGUACGAAUUGCAACUUUUACAUUUAAAUUUCCCUUGUUAAACGAUUUAUGUAUUGUUUUUUUUUCUAUAAUUUUCUUAAUUUUACAAGGUUGAUAGCUCAACAUAAUUCUCCGCGUCAAUCUGCAAUAGUCAUUUUUAAGUGCAAUCACAUAACGUGACAUAACUUAAACACACACAACCUGGCACAAUAAUCACCACAUAACAUAACUUAAUAAUACAUAACAUUGCAGACAACCGGACUCAACCACACAUAGCGGCAUCUCACUCUCUUUCUCUCUCUCCACUCACACACACACAAACACAAGCGGCACGUUUUUUCCCUUCAGAUUGAUAUUAUCAAAUAAUAAAUAUUAUUUCAGUG